GCCAACGGACUGUUGAAAGGUUGAUGUAUCUGAAAUGAUAGAAAUGAAAUUAGAACAAGUGAACUAGCGAUUUAGAAGCAAGUGUACGUACCGUGAAGCCAUAUGUGACCACAAUCGUUGUUGAAUGACACAAAAAGUAUAUGGUAAUCGUGAAUCUAUAUCUAUCGUACGUACAAAUGCCUGUAUCAAUAGAACGUGGUCUGUAUAAAUUAUAUUUUAAUUAUUAAUAUUCAUAUUCUUGUGUAGAAAUAUACUGGCAUAAAAUAGACUAUAUAUAUAUAUAUAUAAAUUUUUCCAAUUUUUGGAAAUUUUUUCUUUUUCAAAUAAAUUUCAUUUGCAUUUUUUCUAUAAGAUCAUUAUUUAUAGUAUUAAAUACAGCCGACUUUUUAGGACUUAUUAUAUUAUUAUUAUAUUUUACCAAAUAGCAUGUACUUUUUUUCGUCUUUUUUAAAAUUAUGUAAUAAAAGCAUUAAAAAGAACUUUCAAUGGCAAUUUCACAAACUAAAAUACAUAAAUUAAAUUAGUUUUUUCAAAAAAUCUAAACCGAAGUUGCUUAUCAUCGAAAAAAAACCAAUCUUCUUUUUGAUGAAAAGUUAUCAAGAGAUUAACUUUUUAUCAAUACACUGGUACUGGCAUCAGGAGUGUAGCCAGCGGAGGAGGUAACAGGGUGCCAGAGCAUCCCUUGACCAAAAAAGUCUGAAGGGAAGUAAGGAUAAAAGAUUCUUCUGAAAGAUAGAAAUUUAUUUUGCUGCUGACGUGCAUCCUCAUAAUGAAACGGCACCUCCCUCAAGAAAUUUCUGGCUACGCCACUGAUUGUCACUGAUAUAACUAUUUUUUUUAUAUUAUGCAGAAUAAAUAUAGCAAACACAUGCAAAGAUACAUUAAUGUAUAUGAUGCACUAAUUAUUAGGACAAAUAAAAAAAGUCAUGAAAAAGAAAUCGAAUAUUGUUGAGCACUUAACAGUUUUCAAAUAAGAUUUAUCUUAUAGGUAUUGGUUGGUCAAAAAUUUUCUAGUGGGUAUAAUAUUCAUGCAUGUCUUUUAUUGUAGCUUCCAAAUAUGAAUAAAUAAAAUAUACAAGUUCAUAUGAUGCGUUAUAAUUUUUCUUUUCGUCAAUGAGCUUUCAUUAUAUAAAACGAUACUCAGAUGAUGAUAUGUUAACGAAAUAGUUGAAAAUUGAGAUGCAGAAUUGAUUUUAUAUAUCUAGAAUAUACAUUCGAACAUUAAAUAUGAACACUGAUGAUACACGAAAAUGAUAUUUUUUUAAUUAGUAAGCAAUUGAUGACGAGAAGGUACAACCAAGUUUAUCUAUCCAAUAUAUAAAAUACUAGAAAUGGUUUAAUUUAAAACUUUAAGUCGAAUACAAACACACAUAUAGUAUUCAAAAUUUUCAACACAUAAUUCUCUUUUUAAGGAUACCGAAAAAAAAAAAAGAUUUUGGUAAACGUCUUUGUAUUUAUAGAAGAAUGUGUAUCUUCAAAACCUAUGAAUCUACAGAGACAUUUAAAAGCAAUAUAUAACAUCAAUCACUCGUUGACUUUUAGAAUGAUGAGCAGCACAUAUUAUCUUUGAUAUCGUAUGCUUUUUUUCUCAAGUGAACAAGAGUUUUAAUAAUCGAAUGAUCUUCGUGAUCAAAAUAUAUUUUAACAGCUUUCAAAUUGAACAGAAUUCUUAUAAAUUUCUUUGAAAUCUUCUGUGUACUUAUAAAAGUAAUUACUUUCAUUAAGUAACGGCAUUUGGUAUCACAGAAGUCAAACCAUAACAGCGCCACCUAUAAAAAAAUUUUAGGAUUUUUUUUGAGUACGCAUCAUGAUCAUAAGUAAGAGAAGAACUUGUUAGAUGUGGUUCAUAAAUGAAAUAGGAAAUGAAGUUUUUUUCUAAUAUAAAGUCCUCCAAUAAAACUGUUGGAUUCUUUAUGUGUUUAGUUUUAAAAUGUGUUCGUUACAUAGACUGUUAAUCUUUCUAUAGAAAACAUGGUCGGGAUUUCAACAGUUUUAUAGCAAAACAAUUUAGUGCAAGUUGUUUUUAUAGUUCAUAAUCGAAAACUAUAUCUAAAAAAAUUAAAUUUAACUCUUUUUUAGAUUUAAACUCAGAAUAUUUUUAUGUAUUUCUCUUUUGUUUAUUUCCAGAUGGAAGAAAAACGUUGUCGACGAAACUCUGUUUCAAGUGUUCAUUCACAGUCGAAUUAUUCGAUUGCAAAUGUUCAAUGCUCCGGUGACCAUACUCAUGCUAUAGUCCAAAGAGAAAAAGAUAAUAAAGUUAUUCUUGUACCUUUGGAUUGUUUUAUUAAUUUUGGUAAAAUUGUAAAAGCAAAUGAAACUGCUACAUACAAGUUAACCACGGAUUCCAGAAAAUCAGAACGUGGAAAAGUAUUGCUUUUCGGUAGUGAAGAUUUAUGUGUUGAACAACUUCAAGUUAUACAAGAGGAGAAUAUUGAAGAAGAUCAACUUUCAGGAAAAACAAAAUAAAUUGAUGAUCAAUUUGAUGCAUUACCUUCAAAAAAAAUAAAUUCGGCUAGUAGUAUUACUGUUAGAUCACCAACACGUUUUGGAAAAAAAACAUCUCAAGUUAAACGAAAGUUGUUUAAUGAUAACACUGAAUUCUUAUCAACUAAUGAGAAUAUUUUUGGAGUUUUAGAGGAUGAAGUUUAUGAAAUCAAUGAUUGUUCAAAAAAAACAAAAUUCAACAAUCUUGUUGCUGGUGAAUCACCAGCAAAACGAAUAACUGAUGUUAAUCAUCAAAUUCUGUCAAAAAAGUUAACUUCAACUGCCUCAUCAAGCCAAGCAGGAUCUCAAUCAGUCUUGAAAUCGAUCAAUCACGAAGAUGGUAAAUAUUAUUUUUUACUUGAUACCUUUUCAGAAUACAAGUUUGUUUAG